AAUUUGACGGAUGGAGUGCUGGGAUUUGAUUGCGAAUGGGUAAAUGAAGGUCCAGUAUCUCUAGUUCAAUUAGCAACAAAUAAUGGCACUGCUGCAGUGUUUCGUAUUGGCAAAAUGGGACAUGUUCCAUUGCAAUUACAAGAAUUACUAUCAAACAAUGCAAUAAUAAAAGUUGGUGUUGGCGCUUACGAUGACGGUAGAAAAAUUCUUUCGUCGUACAAUUGCGUAGUAUUGGGCACCCUG